AUGGCAGGAGAAUCCACGGAAGAAGUUGAUCCAAGACAUUACUUCCAGAACCGUCUGGAUGUUGUUCAGGAAUGGCGCAAGAACAAGACCGCCUAUCCUCACAAGUUUCAGACCACAAUGUCCAUCAAGGAUUACAUCUCAAAGUAUGAAAACUUGGCGGCAGGAGAGCAUGACGACUCUGUAGUCGUUAGUUUGGCUGGUCGUGUCUCUCGCAUUGCGUCUAGUUCCUCGAAACUGAGGUUUUUGGACCUAAAGUCCGAGGGAUACAAGCUCCAGGUCUUUGCAAACUUUGCCAACCAUGACCCAGAAACUGGCGACUUUAAUGAGAUUUACAAUAAUAUCAAGAGAGGAGACAUUGUCGGAUUUACUGGAUACCCAGGAAAGUCCAAGCGUGGAGAGCUGAGUAUUUUCCCAAAGACAGCCAAGAUUUUGACUCCGUGCUUGCACAUGCUUCCUGACAAGUUCCGCCUCAAGGAUCAGGAAGUUCGGUUCAGGCAGAGAUAUCUCGAUUUCAUCAUAAACGAUGACAGCAUCAAGGUUAUGAAAAUUAGGUCACGUAUCAUUGAGUUCUUCCGGUCCUUCUUUACAAAGCGUGGAUUCUUUGAAGUUGAGACUCCCAUGUUGAAGGUGACAUCAACUGGUGCCUCUGCCAAGCCAUUCAUUACGCAUCAUAAUGAGCUCGACUUGGAUCUGUUUAUGAGAAUUGCACCAGAACUUCCACUCAAAAUGAUCAUUAUUGGUGGCUUUGAAAAGGUUUUCGAAAUUGGAAAAUGCUUCCGUAAUGAAGGAAUCGAUCCAACUCACAACCCCGAGUUUACUAGCUGUGAAUUCUACUGGGCUUACGCAGAUUACAACGAUUUGAUGACUUUGACUGAAGAAUUGUUGAGCUCACUUGUCUUUGAAUUACAUGGAACACAUCAAAUUCCAUUCCACCCAGAUGGUCCAGAAGGUCCAGAGGUGAUUGUUGACUUCUCAGCUCCAUUCAGCCGCGUUUCCUAUGUUGAUGAGCUGGAGGACAAACUAAAGACUAAAUUGACUGUUCCAUACGACUCCCCAGAGAAUUGUGAGAAAUACAUCAAGGCUAUAAAGGAGGAGGGAUUGGACAUGCCACAUCCACCCCUUCCAGCUAAAUUACUUGAUCAACUUGUUGGACACUUUAUUGAGGAUAGAAUUGUCAAGCCGACAUUCAUUAUAGAUUAUCCUCAAUGCACGUCACCUCUUGCAAAAUGGCACAGAGAACGUGAUAAUGUGUGCGAACGUUUUGAGUUGUUUGUCUGUGGAAAGGAGUUGGCUAAUGCAUAUACUGAGUUGAACGAUCCAAUAGUCCAACGCGACUUUUUCAAGGAACAACAAAAGACAGAUAUUGAUCAUGUUACCGGAUUUGUCGCCCUUACUCAUUCCCUUAAAGAAGGGGGCACAUUCACUCUUAGUAAUAAACUUGAUAAUAAUGAGAGACUAGAGGGUGGAGGAGAUAUCCUUGGUGUUGAGAAAGUCUCUGUCUACUACUGGGAUGGAGAUACAGAGUAUACUAAGCCACUUCUCCUAGAAGUUAUCAAGAGUGGUGGUCCCCCAAACGUAGAGUACUACUAUAGGUACGAAAGUGGCGAGCGAGAAUUAGGGGAUAAGAAUGAUGAAAAGGUUUGGAAAUACCAGGGGCACUCUGGAGGAUUAUCAUUACAGACCCUACUUGAUGACAGAAACUUGGCUAGAAAUAGGGUUAUUCCAUUUAAUAUUGGUGAUCCUACGAAACCUUUUAACUUUGAUUCUGCCUCUUCAAAAGGUAAAAGAAUAAAAUCUAAUGAACCUCCUACUACCCUCUCUGGGAGUGACUACACUGCUAAAACUUACAAGAUAGCUGAUCAGAAUCUGAAGUUAUCUAGAGUAGAGAAUGAUAAGAAAAAGCUUGACAUCCCUAUCCCUCAUGAUACACUUGAGGGAAUAAAACUAUACUCUUCACCUGUUAAUCCCAAUGUACCCCUUAUGUUUGAGCUCAAGUCAAGUAAUGGAGGAAAAUCUACAUUCUAUACAACUAAGGAGGAAAAUGGUAAAAAUAGCUGGACGGAAGUUGGUUAUAGUAAAUCACGGGACUUUUAUUCCGGUGGUAAAGAUAAUCUUAAACCUACCGAUAAACUUUCCGAGCAACUUGAUGAGGUACUAUGCUCGAAAGGCUAUGUUACAAUUGAUUUAUCGCAUAGUAGGUCUACGAGAGGUCAACCAUAUUGUUGUGACGAUCAUAAGGAGGAGAAGAGGGUAACUGUUAGUAGGGUCUCUGAUCCAUCCGGUUCUUCACAUAUUACGUUCUAUAAACAUGAGAUCAAGAAUGGAUAUGGUUUUGCCGGUAUCUACUACAAAACCGAUUCUGGUGAAAGAAAGAGUAUAAAGAUUAGUGGCCUUAAAAGCUCUGCAAGCGAUUCGGUAAAACUCUACACCUUCUACGACGGAAGGAUUCCAAAGCUCAUAUUUGUAGAAUCCACCGAGCAACCUAACGUUAAGGGCUGGUACAAGGGAGGUACUGCAGAUGAGUGGACAAAAGUUCUUAAUGCUCCAAGUGAGUCACCAGAUGAAGUCAAAGCUGAUAAAGACAGGGAGUUUGAGAAAUAUGUAAAGGUACUAAAGUGUAAAAUCUAUGGAACCGAUGGAACAUGUUCUGACACUGCUGCUCAAUCCUUAUCUCAAACACAAGGUGGUGCUGGUGCUCUUGGUAGUGAUGGACCUGAUGGUGGAGGCGGUGCUACUGGUCAACUCGGUGGAGAAACUAAUGGAGUUACCGGUGAUAGAGAUGCUACUAAUCAUGAUGCUGCUGGACCUCAAGGACUUACUGGACCUCCCGGACCUGCUGGUAGACCUGGUAGUAGAGUUACUGGUGAAGAAGAUGGUGCUAGUGGAGCUGGAGGAGGCCUUGGUGGAAGAGAUCAGAUUAGUAGUAGAGGAAGUAGAGAAUUUGGUGGGUUAUUGGGUUCAUUUGAUUGGAGUUCACUUACCUCUAAAUUUAGAGAUUUUGCCGGUGGAGUGGUUGAUCCUCUUAUCAAACUUAGAUCUGCUAUUGAUAGUCUACCCGGUCAAGUCGGUAUAGAAGUUGCAAAUGCAGCUCAUAAUCUGAUUUAUGUUCUUGCUGAAACUGCCAAUCCUAAUAAAAAUGGAACUGCCCUAACUGAAGGUGGUGAAAAGAGUACUCAAGGAGCUACAUCUGAUGCUGGUGACCCUGGUGAUAGAGAAGAAUCUAGUCAUGAUGCUAGUGGUAGUAGUGUUGAUAGUGAUGCUAGAGAUAGUGAUAGAGAAGAUUUUAGAGCUAAAGAUCCUGUUGUUCCUAAACCCCCUGAAGAACCUCCUGGACAUGUUGUUAAACCAAAAGCUGAUGGUAAGACCCAAGAUGAAGAUGUUAGUGAUAAAGAACUAGACUCUGGCACUUCUACUGAUGGUAAAGCUGAAAAACUUGGUGCUGAAGCUGGUAUUACAGCGGCUGCUGGUUCUGUACUAUGGACAGCGUUCGGCUCUACCUCUGGUACUCUUGCCGGAGCUGGCGGUCUUACCGGAUUUACUUACUGGAUGUACAAACGCUUGAAAGGGGACCCUUGGGCAAAAGAUUUGGGUGAUGCAGAAGCUCAGCCUCCAGAUGAGUCAUUCUGUACGGCUUUGGAAUACGGUCUUCCUCCAACGGCAGGUUGGGGAAUGGGUAUCGAUCGCUUGACUAUGUUCAUGGCUGAUAAGAAUAACAUCAAGGAGGUCAUCUUCUUCCCCACCAUGAGGCCUGUCUCUGCUCCCGCUCAAGCUCCUCCUAAUCCACAAUAA